CCCCCCCCCCCAGGUUCCUCCCUCCCCUCGCGGCGCUCGCGUGUGUGCAGGAGGGCGAGUGCUUGUGUCUCCUGCGCUCCACUCGCACACGCUCCGCUCCGGCACCAGCGCAGGCGGCGAGCGAGCGGUGGCUCCGGGCUCGCUCGCUUCCUGCCGCUGCGCUCCCGCCGGGCAGCCGCCGCCUCUGCAGCCGCAGCGGGGCAUGGACCCGCCGCCCGGACGGGACCCCGCUGCCACCGCUUCCCGGAGGAGCUGCGCUUCGGGUCCCGCCUGAGCCGAGCCCAGCGAGCCGAGCCGCGCGCGGGGCCGCCGCCGCAGGCGGGGGAUGGGGCUGCCCCGGAGGCGCGCCGAGCCCGCAGGGGGAGCGUGGAGCCGGCGCGCAGCCUGAGUGCCAGCAGCCCGCGCCGGGCCGGCCGUUCGGGGCGCACGGCGCGCCUCUGCCGCCUCCUCUGUCGCCGCUCGCGCCUCGAUGGCGCCAUCGCCCCGGGGCCACUGACAGCCCCGCGCCGCCCACCCGGCCCGCGCGGCCGCCCUCCGAGCCCGCCGACCGGGGAGCGGCCUAAAGCUCCCGCGCCCGCCCCGCCAUGGCGCCGCGGCGCCUCCUGCUGCUGCUGCUCCUCUCCCCCGAGUUCCUGGACCUGCUGCCCGGCGCCCAGGGCGCCCGCGGCCGCGCCGCCAACCGGACCCUGAGCGCCGCCGGCGCCCCUGCCGUCGGGGGCCGGCGGCCCGGGGGCGCCCUGGCCCGGGGCGGCCGGGAGCUGAACGGCACCGCCCGGGCGGCCGGCAGUGGCGUCCCGGAGGCGGGGAGCCGGCGGGGACAGCCCGCGGCGGCGGCGGUGGCGGCGGCGGCGGCGGCUGCCAGCGCGGCAGUCACCUACGAGACGUGCUGGGGCUACUACGACGUGAGCGGCCAGUACGACAAGGAGUUCGAGUGCAACAACAGCGAGAGCGGCUACCUGUACUGCUGCGGCACCUGCUACUACCGCUUCUGCUGCAAGAAGCGCCACGAGAAGCUGGACCAGCGCCAGUGCAACAACUACCAGAGCCCCGUGUGGGUGCAGACGCCCAGCACCAAGGUGGUGUCGCCGGGGCCCGAGAACAAGUACGACCCCGAGAAGGACAAGACCAACUUCACCGUCUACAUCACCUGCGGGGUGAUCGCCUUCGUCAUCGUGGCCGGCGUCUUCGCCAAGGUCUCCUAUGAUAAGGCCCACCGCCCGCCGAGGGAGAUGAACAUCCACAGGGCUCUGGCUGACAUCUUGAGACAACAGGGACCAAUCCCCAUAGCACACUGUGAAAGAGAAACGAUCUCGGCCAUCGAUACCUCCCCCAAGGAGAGCACGCCGGUCAGAUCCACCUCCAAAAACCACUACACCCCUGUGCGCACAGCCAAGCCGCCGCCAGGACAUUAUGGGAAGGAUGCUUACCGAAGUGGAGGAGCUGAUCUCCAUAACUUCAUCUCAUCCGGAUUUGUCACGUUAGGAAGAGGACACAGCAAGGGUGAUCAUCAGUAUAACCAUCCGAUUUUAAGCAGUGCUACCCAGACCCCUGCACAUGAGAAGCCACGAAUGAACAACAUCCUGACAUCAGCCACCGAGCCCUAUGACCUGUCCUUUUCCCGCUCCUUCCAGAACUUGGCCCAUCUGCCCCCAUCCUACGAGUCUGCAGUGAAGAGCCACCCCAGCAAGUACUCUUCCCUGAAGAGGCUAACCGACAAGGAGGCUGACGAGUAUUACAUGAGGAGGCGGCACCUGCCCGACCUGGCGGCCCGGGGCACCCUCCCAGUCAACGUCAUCCAGAUGUCCCAGCAGAAGCCCCUGCCCCGCGAGAGGCCACGUCGGCCUAUCCGGGCCAUGUCGCAGGACCGGGUGCUGUCCCCAGAGCGGCGCCUGCCCGACGAGUUCCGCAUGCCCUACGACCGCAUCCUGUCGGACGAGCAGCUGCUGUCCACCGAGCGCCUGCACUCCCAGGACCCGCUGCUGUCCCCCGAGCGGACGGCCUUCCCCGAGCAAUCCUUGGCCAGGGCCAUCUCGCACACGGACGUGUUCGUGUCCACGCCCAUGCUGGACCGCUACCGCAUGACCAAGAUGCACUCCCAUCCCAGUGCCUCCAGUAACUCCUAUGCUACGCUGGGCCAGAGCCAGACGGCGGCCAAGCGCCAGGCCUUCGCCACACGCAGGCACAACACAGUGGAGCAGCUGCACUACAUCCCUGGCCAUCACACCUGCUACAGCGCCAGCAAGACCGAAGUGACCGUGUGAUCCCCCUGGACAGGCCUGGCCCUGGACAGGCCGGGCGACUGGUGGAGCUGGGUGUGCAGGAGGGGCCUGGGGCGGCACUUUCUAGCCCCCCAGGGCUCCCUUCCCUUGUUCUUUCUGCAGGGGGUGGGGGUGGGCUGUCUUCACCCGAAAGCCAUACUCCCCGGCACAGCAGGUGGCUGCACAGACCUGGGCUCUAGGGCAGUCACUCCCUCUCCCAGGAGAGUCUGGGGCGAGAGAGCAGGCUAAGCCCAGUUCCCCCCUCUCCCCAACAGCAAUCCUUCCAGUUCCAUGUCCUUGCUCCCUUCUUGGGCUCAGCUGCAGGCCUGUCAGCCGGGAGGCCCUGGCCUGACCCGGGCAGAAGCUGCCUGGGUAUGAACUGGCCAGCGGGUGCGGUCAGUGGCUGACCGACUAGGAUACUCGGUCUCAUUCAUUUACCUAGAACCGCAUCAUCCGGAAUCUUCUAGUGCCUAAAACUGCCUGUGCACUCCGGAGCCAGGGAGCUGCUGUGUCCAUAAGCACAAUACCCAUCUCCUCGGCCUGCUGGACGCUGGUCCCCACCAAGUGGCCCUUUGCUGAGCCCCCGAGGCCACACCCUGAACCCUGCCCGUCCCCGGAGCCCUGGGGUGAGGAGGGGCUCUCUUCCUUCUGCUGCCUCCCCACUCCCACUGUUGGGGAGCCUGUCCCACCCACAGAGCCCCCCUCUUCUGGGAGACUUUGCCCCUCCCCUAGCCCCAGAUGUUUUACCCUGAAUUCCCUUGGGCCUUGCUCCAGCCCCCUCAGAAGAGAGUAUCGAUGAGGUGUUGGAACACCCUCCCUAGAAACCCCGAUUAUCGAUGAUCUCCUCACCUCUUCCAGGCCUCUAGGUCUGAACUAUGACCCACCACUCAGGCCUGCCUUCCCCUCCCCUACACUGCCCCCUGGAGGCUUCAGCCAUGGCCAGACAGCUGCAGGUGGGGAGGCCACUGUGACACCCAAAGUGUCAGGGGCUGCUGUUCCCCUCAUCCAGGGCUCCGCCUGUCUCCCAGCACGCAGGUCAGACAGGAUGGAGACAGCGGCUUCUGAAGAGGGGCAGCCCUGCCCCUCCACCUCCCCCCACCCCACGCCACCCCCCAGGUCAAGGAGGGCGUGUGUGGUGGUCCUUGCACCUCAUCCACUCCUCCGUCCCCAUCACUGCCCACUUCCCGACCACAUCUUGAUGUGGAAUUUGCUCUCUGCCUGUUUCCAGCCCCUCACCUCCUGCAGCUCCAUCCUUCCCUCCUGGCUGCUGCUGCUUCAGACCAGUGCCUCCUCUGGGUCAAAGGGACUGAGGCUCAGUUGUAAAUGUAAAUAACGGUACUCCAGGGAUUGGUCUGGGGCUCACUGGGCAGCCACCUGGUCUCUCCCCUGCAAGGGGACAUGGGCCCCAGGCAGAUCGACUCCCUCUGCUCUGUUGGGGGGCCAGUCCCUGCCAGCCUAGCCCAGCCCUUUCCUUGCCUCCAGAUGGGGGAGGGCAGGAUGUGACUGCCUCCUGGAGGCUGGACAGUGAGCUAAGCAGCAUCCACUCCCUCAAGACCAGAGCCAAUGGGGAGAGAAGGGGCUCCCCCAUUCUCAGGGCCAGGGCACCUACCUGGGCUGGGGCUGGGGAGAUCAGCUCCAAAGUACUGGUGGAAGGUCUGAUGCUAAAAAUGUGACUCACUACAGUCAGACUCCAGAAACAAGGACCUUGAACUGGGAUUCUAGAUUCCCCCAGUUCUGCAUGUAAUACAUAUGGCCCUUUAAAAGGGAGGUGGGGCUGGGGCAGGAGAACUCCCCAGUGUCAGCCCUGAGAUUUUCUAGUCCUAACCCAGACUACAACCACAGGGAAAUCAAUUGACUGAUUCCUCUGACUUAUUUCAAGAAUUCCAAAGCUCUUGUCUCCUCCCAAGGUUCCCAUAAUCACAUAAUCAUGAGGGUAUUAGGGCUCAGGGUGGUGACCACAGCCCUCAGCGCCCCCAUGGGGGUAGUGUCCUGUGAGGCUGUGAGGACAGGGAUAGCUCUGCUUUCCUCCCCUACAAACACAUAAACCUUCCCCAGGGCUGGCCCCAGGGUUUAUGAGAGUUUGUUCUAGAGGGGAGGUUAAGAGGAUGAAGCUGGAGGAAACCACCCCAAGCAGAGCAGUUGGCCCUUUAUGGAAACAAAGAAGUGUCUCUCACAGCUGGUCCCUAAACCCACUGCCCUCUAACCCAGCCCCAGGCCAGUCCCUGGAAGGCUGCCUAUUGGUGCAGAGGGGAAGGGAUAUGGGUGGGUGAGAAAGGCCUUCCCACGUGUCUAUACACACAUACACUACAAACCAGAAACUCGAUCUCAUCUCUCUCAUUCUAUGAGAAGCAUCUUGGCUCCCGUUCCCCAUCCCUCAGGAUGACAUUUCUCCUAGGCCCUGUCUUUCUGUCUCAGGGGUUGUUUGAAAGAUUGAUUCCGAAAUGUCUCUCAUCCCAGCCUUAUCGUUAUCCAGUGUAAAACCUCUGGGAUCAGAUCAGAUCAGAAAAUUCUAUCUGAGCACCGAUUCUUCUGCUUCAGCCUGGGGUCUGGAAGGAAGGGAGGGAAGAGAAAGAGAGGAGUCCACAGACUUGCUCCAAUUCAGUCCAUAAAGAUGACAUCUUAACUAGGACACAGAAGUGUCUUAUUCAUUCGGUUGGCCCAUCCAAGCUUGCAGAGCAAGCAAAGCCACGUUACUAGAUGAGUUCAGGCAGAAAAUAAGGAAGGGUUCUGGGAUUAGAACCCGGAUGUCAUGAUUUCUGCCCCACAAUGAAAGUCCCCCUCCCCCAGCAAAGGAAGCCCAGAGCCCAGAAUGUUCCUUUGCUUGCUUUGUUCUUUGUGCGAGUCUCCAUUGUCCUGAUAUUGGAAUGAACUGAUAUCUGCCCGGUUCCCUCUUCCCUGAAGGUUCUUGCUAGUUCCUUGGCCUUCAAUGACAGCAAAGCUCCCACAAUCCCCCAUUCCCUCCCACCUUCCCUGUCUUGCUCCUCCAGUUAACUCUUGACUCCCUGAGUUCCUAAGUCACAGAGGUUUUCCCAAGAAUUCUGUUAAACCCCUCACUUGGCUCCCCAGUCUCUUGGGUGAUGGGUUUGCCUUCUAGAAAGUUCCAAAUCUUUUCAUUCAAAAUUCUCCUUUUUUCCACUCUCCCACUACGAAACUCUUUCAUAAGCUCAGUUUUUUAUGCCAAUUCAGUCUUUCCUCCUCUCAUCUCCCUGGCCUUGCCCUCUUCCUUAACUUACCUUUCUUCAUCUCAAAUUUCUUUUCCUUUGUCUUGCUAUACUCUCCAGUUGUAACACCCACAACUCUCAGUGAAAACAUUGAAAGGAUGAGAUGCUCAGAUCUUCUGUUUGUCUCAUUGGUUUAUCCUUCCCCUCCUGCCCCUGGAAGGUGAUGCCCAGGGCAUGUAGCCAAGGGAUCCUACCCUGGUCUUCUGGAGGGGAGCCAGAGAAGCUGCCCUGUCGGAGGCAUCUUGGUUCAAAGGUCAGCACUGGCUCCUGAAGUAGGCCUGUUCCCCUAAGCCCUUGCCCCAGCCUGCCCUAGCCCAGAGGUUCUUACUCUGGCCAAAGUUCUUGUCCUUGAGGGCUCUUGGCCACUGUUCCACCUCACACCUGCCCUGCCUGUGUGUCACAGAUCUCCCUCUGUCUCAAAAUUCUGGAUAGCCUCAUGACUCCCCAAGUGUGGAGAAAUAUCCUGCCACCAAAUAAUCCAUUUCUUAAGAGAUACCUUGUCUGCCACCAGCCAUCCUCCAAUUCCAUCCACAGGCAACUGUGGACUUGACCCCAGGUGUUCUGAAAGGGCUGCUGGUGACCUGGACCCUAGAAGGCAUGGCUUUGGGAAGUGUUUGACAUUUUACCUUCCAAAUACAUUCAUCCAUCAUCUUCCCUAAACCUGGAAACCUUGCUCUGAAGUAUUUUCAAGGAAGCUUGUUUUAAUGAAGUAUUUUUCAGGGUUCAGAUGCUAUUUUUUAUAAAUGCAGCAUUUUAAUGACAGAGUCAGUAUGAAAGAUAUGUCUUCCUGAGCUCUAUAUUUGAUUUCGGAAGGAAGCAUACUACAGGAGGAAAAAGCUGGGGGCCAAGUCUCUUGGAUACACUUCUGCCCUGGCUUUGUCUCCAUCUUGCCAUGUGACUGAGGAUAGUCCUAUUUUUGCUCAGUGCCUGAGUUUCCUGUAAAAUGAGGGGCUUUAACUAGAUGAACUCUGAAGUUUCAUCCAACUCUUACAUGUUAGGGCUUUCAUUAACCUCCUUUCUUCACCUUCCUCCCCAUUCCAACUGAGCUGCAUGGUUCCCAUUAAGUCUGCCCCACGGUGACAACCUUAGAUGCCCUAGUCAGCCACCAGACUCCUCACCAGAACUUGGGUGGGCCCCAGGGUCUUGGCCACCUAGGGAUGCUCUCAUAUCUGAGGGUGUAAGGGCCUACCCAUUCAAUAGGCUACCCACUGUGUGCCAUGGAAGUCUUCACAUAUAGACGCACCUACUAAGUCACCUAUGGUAUCUGUGUCAUUGGGAAAUUCUGAAUUUGAAAUUUUCACUUUGAUGUGGUCCUUAAAGCUGGAGGGAGGGAGUUCUGAUUUCUGAGAGAGGAUGGGCUAAAGGAGAAAGGUCCAGAGGUUGGCCUACAAGGGCAUGUUGUCUGCAUUUGAGAUCAGUGGGAACUGCAUUCCACACCAUAGAGGAGCAUUCACAGCGGAGGCUCUGUGUGGCAAUGGAUGUUCUAUCCCCCGCCAGAACCUGGGUCCUGAAGACUGAGUCUGGACACUGGGCUUCGAUCCAGCUGGAGGAAGGGAAGCAUCACCUCUGGGCUGCUAGGAGUUGGGCAUCCUAGAACCUUCCUAGCCCCUCAGCGGGACACUAUUGUCCUCCCAGUGAAAGCUUGUGAAGCAAGAUUGAGAGUACAAGUCAGUAUCAUCAAAUCCAUCUUGUAAAUCAGCAAAUGCGCCAACGUUCAUCAGUCAGAGAAAUGACGUUACCAUGUUCCUUUCAUGUCCUUCUUCCCGAGGGAGAGGGAGAACCCUGCUCAACUUUGCUGCCCACUCUGCUGGGACCCUCGAGUGCCACUCCAUGGGAGGACUCCUUCAUUUGCUUCAUAGUGGCAAAUAUUCCUCUAGUUCUGUAACUCAACUAGACAUUUUGUAGUAAAGAAUUCUUGAAAUUCUCUAAUAAAAAGCAAUUCUUACUGUAAUAUUUUUAGUUUGGGGACACAAUUUCCUAAGGGGGGAUUAAUGAACAUUUUUACGCAUUACCCCAAUUUAUGGAUUCCGUGUUUAUUAUAUAUGGUAGCACUGAUGGAAGUACUUUUCUGUCUGUACCUUGCAGUUUCUUCAUCCCCCAUCAGCAAGCUUCGUGAUGAGCACUGCUCUCGUCACUGCUGCUCUGUACAAAUCUCAUCGUUCUACUUACCUGUCGAAGCACAUUCUAUAUGUAUUGUAAACAGAUAUCACUUUAGUAAGAUUUAGUCAAGGAUUUUUCCACUUUUGUCAGUAACAUAUAUUUAUGGAUUAAAAAAAUAAAGCCGUUUCAACAUAA